CCCGCUGGGACCUUGGCCUUUCCCCAGAUGGGGGCUAGAGGCUAAAAAGGCCUGGGGGCCUUGAGCCAUUGCCACUGACAGGGAAUGAGCAGCGGGGCUCUUGGGACUCCUUCCAGUCAGAGAGUCCCCUCUCCCCCCAUCCCAACCCGGCUGUGCUCUGCCUGAGGCUUCAGACUAAGCUCCCCGAGAGGCCAAGUGCCUCGAGACUGAGCCUCGAGCCCGAUAGGGAAGGCUGCAGCCAGCCCCUCACAGGGACAGAGGAAUCAGCAGUGGUCAGCUGGGGCAGUGCCUUGGCCAGCCUGGAACGGCCCACGCUGCCAGCCGCCUUCUCCACAGGGCCCUCCAGCCAGCUCCCCUGGGCCAUUCCCCCACCCUGCUCCCUAGCCCCACCCUCCUAGAGGUCUGCUUGGGCACAGCUGACCCCAGCCAGCCCAAGAGUGAGCUGAGUCCUUUUCACACCUGGCCCUGCCCCUGCCCCCUUGUCCUUGGGGCUCAGCCCUGAGGGGGCUCCUCACACCACAUGCUCAUGAACCGUCUCCAGCCGCCUUGCCCAUGGGGUCAACACAGCAGGCUGCUGCAUGCCCCAUUCCUGCCAGCACCCCCCCAACCCCCCCGCUGCACUGUAGGUGCUGUUGGCUCCUCAGCAGACUCACUCUGCAGGGCACCUGGCACAGUGAGUUGGUGGCAGCUGGCAGGAGCGGGACACAUGGCUGCUGCCUCCCCGACCCCCCUGGGCAGGAGGAGUGAGCAGACCCAAUCCGAACCCAACCCUUGCAGGCUGGCCCCUCGGGCUGCAAGGCUCUGCUCCCCACCUCCUGCCAGCAGGGGCCAAUGCACCUGUAAGGGCAGCGGGCCAAAAGUAUUGGCACUGGGAUAAUUGCCCUAGAGUCCCCAGGUGAGAGCAGAGCCCUUGUGGUGGGUACUGUCCAGCUGGCACGGCUGGCCCCAGCUAUACAUGCAAGCUGGCAAUGCAGAGCUCCAUGCAGGACCUGUUUGUCUAGGGGUGGGAAGGAGGGCAGCUCUCUGCAUUGCCUGGCAGCUCUUAAUACGCUCCCAUGGGGCUCUGCAGAGCCUGCCUUCAACCCCAACCCCCCCGCCCGUUUAGGGCUGGCCAGGAGCUAGGGCUGAAUGGUGCUGCUGGGAGCUCUCCAAAUGGUCCCACCACACCUUUGCCAGCGUGCCUCUUUGCUCAUGCUGCAGGCCCAUUUCACUGCCCAUCACUGGUUGCUAAAGAGAGUAUAAAAUACUGCAGACUGGUCGCCAGGGCAUAAAAACACCAGCUCCCACCAGCCCAGCCCCUGCCGCUCCCCCUGAGUACAAGGGUGGCACAGGGUCACCGGGAGCAUGCUAGGGGCUCUCCAGCCCCAGCCCCAGCCACUGUGCUGCCUGCCCUGGGGAACAGGCUGGGCUUCCAACAGGGGCUGUAGCUCUAUGUGGCAAGGGAUCACCCCAGGACUAGAGGAGAUCCCCAGGAAGGAGGGCAUAAGACCCUGCACCACCAUUCUUGGGUGAAUCCCUGCUCUGGGCUGGAUCCCAGUGUGGGGCUGGCCCGCAAUUCUGGUAGGCCAGUUAACACGCGGACAGUGCAAAGUCUGCCCCUGCAAAGCUUGUUUUCUCACUGGGGAAAGGAAACUCCAGGCCCCGGUCUGGCACCAAGCAACGGUCCGUGGCUUGGCGACCUUAGCAAGGGGCUUCGUCCCCUCCUUGGACCUGGAUUCUCUAUCUGGAAAAUGGGGCUACCUCUUCCCAGAGGCUGAAUCCACUAGCGAGCGGGAGGUAAUAUGGGGACAGGGACAAGCCAGGCCUAGAUUCUGCCAUUCCCUUCAUCCAGAGCAGUGGGGCCCUUUACAGAGCUGGAUUCCUCCACAUUCCCAGCUCUGGGAGUAGCACCGGCCUUUUCUCUCCAGUCACUGCACUGUCCCGCCUCCACGGGCUCUGGCAGGACCUGUUAAUCAUUCGCAAACAGCAGAGAAGAAAUCUGGCCCUGCCCCAGCCUGCGCCCCCACCUGGCUUGCUCCUCAUUACCAGCAGUGUGCCGGCGGGGACUAGCGCUGCUUAUCACGUCUGCCCUAGCUCUGCAGGUAAGGAGAGGUGCUAUGAGCCAGGGGGCCCCUCUGCUCACUAGCUGUCUCCAUCUCCCCUAGCCAGAGAGAGCUCCCACCCAGAAAUACCACAGCCACUGAUUUGGGGAUGCCAACCUGUGACCCCCUGCACCUGAUUUUCAGUGGGACUGAGUACCUUACCUGCAGCUUGAUAGCAAGGUGAGCCAUAGCCACAUGGCCCUGCCUCUGGAAACCAGGCCCCAAGUGCCCAAGCUGGUCACCCAAGCGCUGAGUUCCCAGGAUCGGGGGCCAUUUUUACAUGCAACUGCCCGUGCCUGGAGCACACUGCUCUCCUCCUCCUCUGCCUCCUUUCACCACCCUCCACCCCUCAGGAACCCAAACACAAUAACCUCGCACAUUCUGGAGCACUGCCCGCACCAACGCAUGUGCAAACACUACCUGAAUCCCUUCAUCCAGCAGUGAAAUGCAGCCACCUCUGGGGGUGGAAUGCAACAGGUGUUUGACAGAGCCCAGCAAUGUUAUAAUGCACCAGCUGGGAUGUGGAUGGGUGGGAGGGCAGGCAGGUAGAACCCAGGAGUCCUGUACCCAGGCUUGUGCUUCAAUCUCAAGAACUGUCUCCAAGUCCCUUCUCCACUGGGACGCAGGGAGCAGCCAGGAGAACCAUGCUCUGCUGUGAGGAACAAAAUUCAUCAAGUAGCACGGAGCAAGCCAAACCCACAGACAGAGUGCGCCAAAAGGCAGCCUCCUACAGCAAAGGCUGUUUCCCCCGCAAGGGGCUGGCGUGUCAGGUUCUCAGGCCAGAGACCAAAGGAGCGUGAAGCACUAAAUUAUGCAAAGAGCCGUUCCCAGCUCAGCACAGCUCCCAUCAGCUCAGCUCUGGCCAAAGCUGCUGCUGAAGGAUUAAUGGGGUCCUCGCCCAACUCACAGCCUCUGUCUGGUAGCUGAGGCAAAAGGCCUCAUCCUGCUAGUUCUUACUAAAUGGGAUUACAAGUUGUGGGGGAGAAGGGGUUAAUAGCUCCUGAUGUGCAAUCCCCAGCAGCCCUAGGCCUAGCCCUACAAUGAAAGUGCAGGAGGAAGAGAGCCAAAGAGAUCUCCCAAGGAUGAUAAAUGGGGGCCAGUCAGCACCAACUCAGUCUGGAUCACUCCAGGGCUGAAUCCUCUAGGGCCACUCCUCCACCUGAACCUCCUCAGUCUCACCUGGAACAGCUACUGCAUCAUCCAGCCUCCUGCCACACACACCCCAGGGCCUCGCUCCUGCACCCACAACCCCUGGCACCUACAUGGAGCCAGCUGCAGGGUCAGGACCUGGCUUGGUAGCACCUCUAACCUCAAGCACAUUCAGCUGCAAAGAACACCAGCUAUCUUCACAUUCCUGGAUGGCACCUCCCAUUCUCUGGGGGCCAUGCAGCCUCACCCUGUCUCCACCUCCCAUCAGCACAGGUGGGAACCUCCUGGCAUGCACCCCCCUUUACUUUACAAAGAGAAGGUAAGCAUGUGGGCUGCUGGCUGCUAGCCCAGCUCAGGGGAACCGGCUCGGGGGGGUGGGGGGGAAGCACUGAGGUGAGCAGCCAUGGUGAGCUCAUGGCACCUUGUACCACUGCCACGUGCUACCGGGUACUAGGGCCUGAUUCUCCCUGGCCCCAGCUGUGCAGUGGUGUAGCCCUAUUGACUUCGUUGCAGUGCCUCAUUUACACCAGCGUGGGUGAAAUCUGAAUCAGCCCUGUGAGCCCCACACGUAUACACACGCACCUCGCCCAGGUGUUAAGGACCCCAUAGGGUCGGGGGGCAGCAGGCUCAGUGAGGUGUGAGUCUGUGUGGACAGAAGCUUUGGAGCAUGACAGUGUGAGUGGAAGGGGCAGGCGAUCUAGUUACACAGAGUUGCCAGGAACCAGACAGCUGCAGCGACACCACAAGUUGCUCUUUAACCAGCUCCCUUGUUAAUGAUCUACUCUGCUGCUGCCCUGCCUUGAGCCGAGAGGCUGAGCGAGCACAGGGGCACCUGGAAUUCAGCUCCAAGAGCGAGCCAUGCAGCCAUCCCCCUCAAUGCCAAAGAAGCCCUUCACCAGCCAGCACAGUGCAGGCAGAGAGCCGGGGAACAGUGCUGUGAACGGGACCCUCCUGCUCACUCCAGGCUGGGCUCAGACAGAGCGUUGGAUAAUUGGCCAUUUUAUUAAGUGUUUCCUCCCUAGCUCCAUCUUCCUGGACCAGGGGCCCACCCCCUUUGCCCAGAUAAGAGCAAACUCCAAUUGCAUCCACUCUUCCGGGUGCUCCACUUGGGUGGUGCUGCAAGCUGGGCAGGUAGGCUUUGCCCAAGAUUGGCACCGCGCACUCUGUUCUAACAAUACAGCCUUCCAGACCCCCUCCAGCCCUUCACACCCAGUGCAUGCCAGCCUGGGCCAAGCUUCAUGGGCGAGGGUGCCUGAAUUUCUUGCCUUCCCACCUGGCUCUGCAGUUUGAGAGGCAGAGGUUGCUGCAGUUGGCACAGGUUGCUGGGGUUCUCUCGUGCCCAGGGCAUCAUGCCAGUCAUUGAGCUGAAUUUCCGCUCCUUGAUCACCCCUGUGGGGAUUGUCCGGUUCUUUGAGAUCUUCUUGUCCUGCAUGGCCUUCAGUCUGGCGGCUGCUUCUUGCCACUUCCAAGGAACCUAUGGGGACUGGUGCAUGUUCACCUGGUGCUUCUGCUUCGUGGUGUCCAUUCUGAUCGUGGUGCUGGAGCUGUUUGGCUUUUCUGAGAAGCUGCCGCUGUCCUGGGAUGACUUCACCAGCGCCUUCACCAUGCUGGCAGUGCUCAUGAUCUUCACCUCUUCCAUCAUAUACCCUUUCACCUUCAUCGCCAACACUUGCUCUGGCAGCAAAUGUGCUUAUCAGGCAGCAGCUACAGCCAUGUCCUGCGUCUGUUUCAUUGCCUACACCAUCGAGGUUGGACUGAUCCGAGCCAGGCCUGGAGAUUGCAGCAGCUUCCUCAGCACUAUCCCUGGCCUCCUGAAGGUGUUUGAAGCCUACGUUGCUUGUCUUAUCUUCUCCUUGGUGAGUGACCCCAAGCCUAAAACCGAACCCGGCCAGCAAUGGUGCAUAGCUGUCUACAGCAUCUGCUUCAUUGUCACGCUGCUCAUCCUCAUCCUCACCAUCGGCCGGUGUCUCACCUACAUUCCCUUCCCUUUGGAGAAAGUCCUGGUGGGUUACAACGCCUUGGCUGUGCUCCUGUACCUGACGGCUGCCAUCAUCUGGCCUAUCUUCAACUUCAGAGGGAACCCCAGACCUAGUUCAUGUGACAGGCUUUGCUUUUGGAACAGACUGCUGGGCGUGACCUUCCUUACCUUCUUCAACCUCAUUGCCUACAUCGUCGACCUGGUGUACUCCUCCAAGAUGGUCUUCGUGACCAGGACUGCCUAACAGAGCCACGCGUACCUGGGGGGGUACGGUGGGAGCCAUCAGCACUGAAGUGGUAGGAAGGGACCGGGGCCGCCCAUCGCGCAGGGGGGAGCUGCUUUGGCCUGAGCUGUUUUGCAUUUCUUCCCCCACAUUCUAGCCUUCUUGGCAUGUCCAUGCACCAGGGGAUUCUGUGUGCAUUUGAUUUGGCUGCUGCUCCAGGAGCUGCAGGUGGCUACUGCUGGGGCCCAUGUGCUGUUGCAGGGAAUCAGAGUGUUCCUUGCAGGAUGUGUUUGUAGGGGAGGGGAAGGGACAGAAGGUGCUGCCUGUUGCCCGUGUGCACAGUAACCUGUGAGUGAGCCAUAGAAGGGCAGGGACAUCAGGAAUGGGGGGGAUCCAAAUCCAAAGCCCACUGAAGUGAAUGGGAGACUUUGCAUUGAUUUCAACCUGUGUUGAAUUGGGCCCUGGAAGCCCAGGGAGCAUCAGGGGGCUGGGGCUGAGCCUGGGUUACUGAGUUCUGGCUAGUUAGUGUGUUAUGAUGCAGCCACCUGCUGCGACUUGGAGAAACUUUCCUGUGCCACAAACUCUGGUCUGAAGGCAGGUAAACAGCACCCAGGGCUCCCACCCUCCCUCCAGGAAAUGAACUUUCAAGGGCUGUGGCUAUGCAAACAGACGGGUGUGUGGUUAGAGGGCUGGGUACCAGCCGGGGAAGGGAGCAUGCCAGGAUCUGCAGCAAGCAGGACGUGGCAGGUAGCAAUGGCUGACAGCAAAGGGGUGACAUCGGCAUGGCCAGCCCCAAGAGUAUGGGGCUAUUUUAUGAUCAGUCAGGCUAGUGUUCAUAGACCUACUAUCUGAGGGGCUCACCUUUCCAGGAAAGCUCCCCCCUCACCAGCCCCAUUAGGGCUAAAAUCCAACCUGCAACACAUGACCCCUUAAGACACUCUCACUACUCAGCUGGGCCUCCACUUCCCCUCCCGAUCCCUGGGGCGUGGGAACUGCCAUUCUAUCCUCCUCCCUACCUAAUAGGCAGCUUCCGCAUUCGUGCUCCCCUCUACUUCCUCACAUUCGCCUGAGCCACACCCCACCUCAGUCUGGCACCGCACCGUUCCCUCCCUGUUCCCUUUGGCAGCCCCACAGCCCCAUUCCCGGGUCUCCACAUUCUCCAGCCUGACCCUCACAUGGCCACUCCCACUCCUGCGGGCAGCUUGGCUUCUUCCCCGCUGGGAGCAACGGGAGGUGGUAGCCAUUCCUGCUGGGGGAACUGAAGGCGCUUGUUUACCUGCAGUGUCAAAGGGACAUGGCAGCCGUCUUGCUGAGGGCAGCCUGUGGCUUUGGUACUGCUGACAGUGAUGGGAGAUGGCCACCAUUUAGAACAGGGCUAAACUGGAAGGCAAAAAUGAAACAAAAUUUGUGCAGACCCGUACAUGUGUAUACAUAACAUUGCAAGGCUUGCCGUCAUACCAGGGGGGCUGGCACCGGGCCUGGCUUUAAGCUCUGUGUGUGUCCAUGGACUAAGCCAGCAAUCUAUGCACAGCUAUGUGUGAAUCCACCCACGUGUUUCUUCCCAUUCCUUUUCAGUAAGCAAAAAGUGCAUCAGCAUGCACGCAGUGUGAGCACCCCCUGCCAAAGCAGUGCAUUGUCUCUAGGGGCAGCUUCAUGUUCCAGCUUUAUAGUCCUCCUGAAACCUGAGCGAGCUGUCCUCGUUCCCCAGGACAGACGCUUAAAGAUGACGCGCAAAGGAAUUUUUUUAAAUGGAGCUUUUGCUCUUUUUUUGGCUGCUUUAUGAUUGCAUAAAGGGAGAGCAAGAGAGCGAGUUUUCCUGCUUCUUUUGUACUUUAGAAAUCUCAGGACUGUCAUGUCUGGUCUCCCUGGUUUUGUUGAUGGGUGUGGAGGUCUCAGGGAUAUACAGUGUGAGUUCUCACAGCAGAAGCGAAGGGCUGGGUGUGUUGAUCUUUAGCAGCAAACGCAGCCUUUCUUCAGAAUGUUAAUUUGUCAUUGGAGUCAAAUAUGCCUGAAAACCACCCCCAUCCCCCCAUCAAUCCCCCCCAAAACAGUCUGAUUCGACAGUCCUUCAUCUCACCCGCUCAGGUACUCAGCUUUCACUCUCUUGGCUUUUGCGAUCUCAUCAUUCCGCAAGUUCUCCUGUCACCAUCGAAUCUUUCCAAGCUAGACAGGACUUGAAUUGAAUUGUGAAAAACAAGCAGAUUUUUUGUUUCAAUGACAAACCCUUUCAGAGCGUCUUUCUCCAUCAUAAAGAAGCAGUAAAAGAACACAAAGCUAAUGUAUUGUACCCUUUGCCCGGUCACCUUUGGGUUGUGACCUGGAGAGAGGCUGGGGAAGUCUCAGUCCAUGGUUUCUCCUUUGGCUGGUAUCAGCUCUUCCAAGAAAAACUGAGUCAACAUGAUGGGGAAAGGGUUACAGAAGUUUCCCCAGGAAAGAGUAUCCCCCCUCUAGUGAUUAAACUGAUUA